AUGCCCAAACUCGCCGUUCUCAUCGACGCGGAUAACGCACGAUUAUCCGGCAUCAAUCGCCUCCUCUCCGAAGUUGCAAAAUAUGGCACAGCUCAUGCAAAGCGAGCUUAUGGAGACUGGAGCAGUCCCAAUCUGAGGGGCUGGAAAGAUCAGCUUCUUGAGCAAUCGAUACAACCAAUCCAACAAUUCGCCUAUACACACGGAAAAAAUGCAACCGAUUGCGCUAUGAUCAUAGACGCGAUGGAUCUUCUAUACUCUAACCGGUAUGAUGGAUUCUGUCUUGUGUCAAGCGACAGCGACUUCACGCGUUUAGCCGCUCGCAUCCGCGAGUCAGGACUUAAUGUGUACGGACUCGGCGAGCAAAAGACGCCUAAGCCCUUCGUCGCCGCCUGCGAUAAAUUCAUCUACACCGAAAACCUCGUGCAUCUUGAUCAGCUUGCUCCACAUUCCGAUAGUGUUAUCGUGCCCGGGAAUCCCUCUUCAGAAAAAAAGGCUCAAAACGAUAAACACCUAGCAAGUCAGCUACGAACUACAGUGGAGGCAGCAUCGGAUGACGAAGGAUGGGCUAGACUCUCUGACGUAGGUCAGCUUCUCACAAAAAAGUUCCCUGACUUUGACUCUCGUAGUUACGGGUACCAUAAGCUAAGUGAUCUGAUUAAGGCUUCUUCUCUGUUCGAAAUCCAACGUCGCUCCCAUCAGGAGGGCUCAUGUAUGGAGACCUACGUACGCGAUAGGCGUCGAAAGCCUAAAGUUUCCGUUCAAAAAUGA